AUGAGCAAGAAAAGUCGUCGUCAUCAUCAAAAUACUGAAAGAACUACCUUUCAAAACUUAUUAACCAAAGGUAAAUCUCAUAAAUCCAAUACAAAUACAAUUACAAUUCAACAUUCAAAUAAUUCUGAUAUAAAUCAGAAAAACUUCGAACAGAAAAAAUUGAAAGUCGUCCCUCGGAAGUUUCAUUACAUCAUGAAUAAAAGAUUUCUAUUCACUUGUUUAUUAAUAUUAUUCCUUUAUUUAUGUAUUGUAUUAAUCAAAUCUACAAUCAUUGAGGAUAAAUUCAAUCAUGAUGAGAAUGAGAUUGAUGAAAAACGAUCCAAUUCACUAUAUAUGACAUUAAAUUCUAUUAGAGAGAUCAAUGAUCAAGAUAUCAGUUAUGAAUUAAAUAAUGAAUAUGAUUUACAACAGAAAAUAUCUUUAUUGAAAAAUUCAAAUCAUUUAAUGCCAACAUUAUGUAUUGGUGUAUUAGUUCGUAAUAAAGCUCAUACAUUACCAUAUUUCUUAAAUGGUAUAGAAAAUCAACAAUAUCCAACGAAACGUAUUACACUUAUCUUUUAUGUUGAUAAUACCAUUGAUUCAAGUGAGAUAAUAUUAAAUAAAUGGAUUCAAUGUAAUAAAGAUAAAUAUCAUAGAAUAAUUUUAGAGGUGAAUACAACUAAGUCCGAAUAUGAACAUUUGAGUAAAAUGUGGACUCUAGAUCAUUAUUUACAUGUUAUAAGUUUACGUCAGAAAUUAUUAGAUGAAGCACGUAAUAUCUGGGCUGAUUUUUAUUUAUCUAUUGAUGCUGAUGUGAUACUUAUGAAUCCAUUAACUAUUGAACAUUUAAUAAAUGUCAUGCUUGAUUCAACAAUAUCUAAAUCUAAUUUAAAUCAUAAAAUGGAUGAAAAUAUAAUUAUUUUGGCACCAUUGAUGAAUUGUACAUCAUCUGAACAUUAUUCUAACUUUUGGGGUGCUAUGUCUGAAGAAGGUUACUACCUACGUUCAGAGCAUUAUUUUGAUAUACAAAAACGUCGUAUACAAGGUGUAUAUCCUGUAGCAAUGGUACAUUCAAUAUUUUUAGUUAAUUUACAAUUUUAUCAAUCUGAACAAAUUGGUUAUUCUCCUGCACCAAUAAAUUACACAGGACCAAUUGACGAUAUUAUCAUAUUUUCUAGAUCAGUACAACGUGCAGAAAUUGAUUUCUAUUUAGAUAAUACACAGUUUUAUGGAUAUAUUCCAUCACCAGUUGAAGAACAAGAUCUUGGAUUAUAUUCAAAAGAUUUAAAUAAUGCAUGGCUUUUACGUGAACAAGAUCUAUUUGUUCAUUUACGUUUACAAGCAAUUAUUGAUCAAGAAGAUAAACAAAGAGUUAUGCCUUCAGAAUGUUUAUUAAAUAUUGCUGAAAAUCAAUUACCGAAAUCAAAUAAAUUAAAUUUUGAUGAAAUUUAUUUUAUUAAUUUAUUGAGACGUCCAGAUCGUCGACAAAAAAUGGAAUAUAUGCUUCAUCAAUUAGGUAUAAAUGCUAAACAUUAUGCAGCUAUUGAUGGAAAAGAUUUAACUAUGAAACAUUUUGAUGAAUUAGAAAUUAAACAACUUCCAGGUUAUACAGAUCCUUAUCAUAAUCGAUCAUUAAAAUUUGGAGAAAUUGGUUGCUUUUUAAGUCAUUAUAAUAUAUGGAUGGAAAUGAUUAACAAUGGUUAUAAUCGUAUAUUAAUUCUUGAAGAUGAUCUACGUUUUGCUCCUGCUUUUGUUCGUAAUUUAAAUAAAGUUAUUAAAGAAGCAGAUGAUAAUGUUGCUAAUUGGGAUCUACUUUAUAUUGGUCGUAAAAGAAUGUCAAAAUCUGAGAAACGUGUACCAAAUACAACUAGUUUAACAUAUCCUGAUUAUACUUAUUGGACACUUGGUUAUAUUUUAAGUAGAAAUGGUGCCGAGAAAUUAAUUAAACAAAAACCUUUAAAAAAAUUAAUUGCUAUUGAUGAAUAUCUUCCAGUUAUGUUUAAUAAACAUCCUAGAAAAGACUGGUUAGUUCAAUUUGAACCACGUGAUUUAAUUGCUUUAUCCGCUGAACCAUUAUUAGUUGAACCACAAAGGUAUACAGGUGAAAAACGUUAUAUAUCUGAUACAGAAGAUUCAGAAAUUUUCUAUACUACUUAA